AUGAAGAAAGACGGUAUCCAGACACGUAAUCGCAAGGUCUCCCAAAAGUCAAAAAAGAACAAGGCUAACCUCUGCCCCGAACUGGGCAUGGCAGAGCUGAGCCUGGACUGUCUCAUAAAACCCACCCUCAGUCAUCUGACUGCCGCAAGUCACCUGGCCGCGGCCGCCGGUUAUCCGCACAAGAUGUCCUCCUACAUGUCCUCCUACCUGGAUGGCGUUUCCUCCGCCUACGGAGGCCGGCAGGCUGGCGGCUACUACGGAGGUCCCAUUGUCGGUGGCGGCGGUGAAGUAGCUCCCAUGCAUCACCUGAACCCCACAGCUGCCGCGGCCGCCAUGGUG